UCAGUCAGUCGUUUGUUCGUAAACAAUUUUUCUUUUGUUGGUAGAACACGUUACUCAGAAUUUCCCCUGUUUGAUCCUUUCUAGAUGGUUAGGAGCAUCGCUGAUCGUCUUAUUCAUGAUGUGCGUAACAACUAUUUUGUUGAACAUCCUCAUCGCUCAACUCUCGCUGACUUAUGAGAUGGUCCAAGAAGAGUCACUGCAUUCUUUCACUGCGCUAAGAAUGCAGGCCGUGGCGACCAUCGAGUGGCAGAGCAGGUUUCAAUUCUGGAAUCUUCGCAAGAAGCAUUACGUUCCUGGAGAAUUGAAAACCAGAGAAGAAGUGGAAGAAAUGACGGACGAGUACCGAAAAAAUCCAGACCAGCCAUCACCCAUGCCUGAUGAAAUAUGGCAUGUUCAAGAACAAGUCGGUGCCUUGACAGGAAACUUCAGCCAAGAACUGCGGUAAAGUGUUUCAUCGUAAUUAAUGUCCCAGUUACGAUUUUGCUAGGCGCCGUCCCAUUGUAAAAUGACACGUUUUGUACAUCGUGUGCAGCUUCCGCAACGCAGCCUUACUUGAUUAUCCUCAUUCUUUAGCUUGAAGGUUUUCAGUGUUAUCAAAGUUGGUAUAUUUUUCUGGGCAACAUGGUAGUUUAGGUGCAAGGUACCUGCAAUAUUGUACAGUCAAUUAUUUCCUUAGGUUCCCUCUGAGGCAACAAUUCGCCGAUGUCCAUUUUUACACCCAAUUGUCCACCCACAAUGUGCUUCACGUAAGAUCACGAGUACAUGCGCAAGUCCUAAUUUCCAAGAAAUAAAAUUCCUGUUCUUGGUAUUUAAACAUAUUUUGACGAACUUGAACGUGAAUAGGGUUUCCUUUAACACCAGAAAAGCAGGCUGCAUAUACCACUUAAUAGGAAAAAACGGUCGGUAAACUUUAAAAAACUGUAGGUGUAAUUUCUGUAAUUCUGCCUCAAGUUAGGCUAUAAGUGAAACAGGGUGAAAUUUGCCGGUAUUAGC